GGGGGGGGGGUUCAUUAUUGCUAUCGACCCGCCCGUUGCCAUUCCUGUCGGCUCUCAUCCAAAAUUUAACCUCAUCCAAAUACCAACCCAAUGCCGAAUGAGCAAACCCCUCAAAGAAUCCCAUCCGUUGAGAAGUAAACCCUAGAAUCAACAUCCACCGUCCGAUCCAAACCUUCCUAACAUAUAAACUCACUAUUUUUCGUCUUCCAACCCUCAGGCUAGGGUUUGCAGAGCGCCUACCACCGUGCACUAAGAUCUUCGCUUCUGCAAGUAACCUACUAACUCCAUUAUCGACACUACAAAAUGGCGACUCAAAUAAGCAAGAAGCGAAAGUUCGUCGCUGAUGGAGUUUUCUAUGCCGAGCUUAACGAGGUCUUGACCAGAGAGCUUGCCGAGGAUGGAUACUCUGGUGUUGAGGUUAGGGUCACCCCUAUGCGCACUGAGAUCAUCAUCAGAGCCACCCGCACCCAAAAUGUUCUGGGUGAGAAGGGGAGGAGGAUCAGGGAACUGACCUCAGUGGUACAAAAGAGGUUUAAAUUCCCAGAGAACAGCGUCGAACUCUACGCUGAGAAGGUUAACAACAGAGGGCUUUGCGCCAUUGCUCAGGCUGAGUCUCUUCGCUACAAGCUUCUUGGUGGUCUUGCAGUUCGCAGGGCCUGUUAUGGUGUGUUGAGAUUUAUUAUGGAAAGCGGUGCUAAGGGAUGUGAGGUGAUUGUCAGUGGGAAGCUAAGGGCGCAGCGUGCAAAAUCUAUGAAAUUUAAGGAUGGCUACAUGAUUUCAUCUGGUCAGCCAGUCAAAGAUUAUAUUGACUCUGCUGUGAGACAUGUACUUUUACGACAGGGGGUUCUCGGUAUCAAGGUCAAGAUUAUGCUUGAUUGGGACCCCAAGGGGAAGCAGGGCCCAACAACUCCUCUACCAGAUUUGGUCACAAUUCAUCAACCUAAGGAGGAAGCAGAGUACACGCAACCACCACCUGUAUUGGCUACCGUGAUUGAGGUCCCAGUCCCAGUGGCUUAACGCCCUUGUUGUUAAUGUCCUGAUUGUUAUUGAUGCUUUAUUAUUAAUUUCACUAAAGUGCUUUAAUUUCUUAUUUGUUGGAAAUUUUUGAUACCCUUCUCAAGUGGUGCUCAAUUUUGUUUCUCUACAGCCAUUAAUUUGUUUUAAUAUAGCUGUUAAUUUAGUUGCUUUA